GUGAUCCUGUCGAGUGUGAUGAAACGGAAAGCUGGGGCCCACCUACAAGUUGCCUGUCGUGAUUUCGCUCUAGGUGGCGCCAUUUGGCACGAGUCCAGGCAUCGACGGGUUCGUGUGUGUGUGUGUGUGUGUGUGUGUGUGUGCUCGCGCGCGCGUGCGUGCGCCAUCUCCACCAUAAAUGGUUCUCCCCAGAAGGUACAAUAUCCCAUUGCCUGUGUGCACCGAGUGCGCGCUGCCUCAUUACUUCCGUUUUUGUCACGCAGUCACGGGAUGUUGUGUGAAAAGCAGCACCGUCUCUGGAGCUCCUCUCCCUGCACACUUCUUCCCACUUCUGAUCCAGUUUCCUACUUGAAGAACUAAAAUAAGACUCUUUGGACGCAUUGAAUACUCUCCUUUUUUUCUUUUUUCUUUUUUUUUUUGCAACUGAGCACCUGUGUGCCGAAUAAAGGAAAUGACAAUGAACGGCACGGCGUUUAACCAAACGGACGGCGGUAUUUUCUCCAACCGGACUGAGGAGAUCUUGUCGUGUUGUAACUUCUCGUCGGUGGUGACGGAUGACGGCUUCGCGGCAGCGGCACCGGACGAUGAGCGCAGCCUCUUCAUCAUGAGAGCGGUGCAGAUCGCCGUGAUGUGCGUGCUGUCUCUCACCGUGGUGUUCGGCAUCUUCUUUCUCGGCUGCAACCUUCUCAUCAAGUCCGAGGGGAUGAUUAACUUUUUGGUGACGGAUCGGCGACCGAGCAAAGAAGUGGAAGCUGUUAUAGUGAGCGUGUAUUAGCGCGUUCCAUGGUUACAAGACUAAAAAGGUUUUCUUUCCAGUAAAUGCAAGUGAACUUGCGUCCAAAACGCGUACUAACGUAUAACACAGCUUAGUAUGCGCUUUCACACGCGACCUUUCCAAGUUCCUCUUCAGCCAAAGUGAAUGUUAAGUGAACAUACUGCAGAGUUUAUGUGCACACCACUGAAGAAGGUCGGACCUACCACCUGAACUGUCAUAUUUAUGUUAUGAUACAAGUCCCAUCUAUUUACCGAAAGUGUUUCUUUGCGCACGAAUGAGUGUUGGGAUACAUUGUGUGUGUGUGUGUGUGUGUGUGUGUGUUGUCUGCAGCAAGCCGUGCGCACUUCUGAGUUGAUUUUUUUUAAUGAACACACUAUAUGACAUGUUUUUUUGUAAAACUGCACGGAUGUGCGUUUGUUUAAAUUGAUAGGCUACAUAUAAUGUUUCAACGUUUAAAGGAAUAAAAUAAAAUUUAAAAAAAACGAAUAAUGUACACAAAAAUUGUUUCCUCCAGAAUUUUUAUGAGUUUACCUGUAGCAGUGUCUUGGGUUACAAGCCACAUUUUGUUGCAUUAUAAAAAAAAAAAUUAAAAAAAAUGUUGUUUUUUUUUACUUGA